AAGUAUUAUAUAAGUCUGAUGCAUAACUAAGCAAGGAAUCACAUAGCCCCUAGAGUCAGUUGGAGAUUCUGAUAUUUUCAUUGCCGAAGAAUACUUACCAAUCCUAAUGAAGGCCUUAAUCUCCCUCUCCUUACUACUGAGUGUUCUCCAAGUUCACUGUCACCACGUCCCAGGACAGCCUAAGUACUCUGAGGGUUAUGGAGAUAAAAUGAUAUUUGAACCCCCACAUCCUUCUGUGGAAGAAGAACAGGGUCAGAACUUGACCUACGCUCAUGAGAUUGCUCCCAGUAAUGCCAACUUUGCAUUUAGAUUCCACAAACAAAUAGCUUUAGGUGAAGCUGCCAAAAAUAUUUUCUUCUCUCCAGUCAGCAUCUCCAGCACUUUUGCAGCACUGACGCUGGGUGCCAAAUCUGAAACACAAAGCCAAAUUUACAAAGGACUUGCUUUUAACCUUUCGGAGACUGAAGAGCACAAAAUACACAAAGGAUUCCAUCAGCUCAUCAGUAUCCUGAAUGACCCAAACAACAAGGCCCUGAUUAACACAGGGAGUGCCUUAUUCAUAGAUGAGCGACUGAAAAUACUUCCGAAAUUCCUGGAAGAUGUCAAAACCUUGUAUGGAGCUGAAGCCUUUUCAUCCAACUUCCAGAAUUCAUUGGCAGCUAAAACCCAAAUAAAUGAUUAUGUGCAGGCCAAAACUCAUGGGAAAAUACCCCAUGUGGUUGAUGAGCUUGAUCCAAGGACUGUGAUGGUUUUACUGAACUACAUCUUCUUCAAAGCCCAUUGGAAAUAUCCUUUCAAAACUCACUUGACAAAGGAAGAAGAUUUUUUUGUAGAUGCAAACACAACUGUGAAAGCCAACCUAAUGUAUCGAAAUGGCUAUUACAACUUCCUCCAUGAUGAUGAGCUGUCUUGCUCAGUGGUGGAAAUUCCAUACAAAGGAGAUGCCAGCGCAUGGUUCAUUCUGCCAGAUGAAGGGAAAAUGCAGCAGGUGGAGGAUGGCUUGAGCAUGGAAUUUCUGGAUAGAUGUAAAAGAUCCUUCAUAUACGAAGAAAUGGACCUGUACCUUCCAAAAAUUUCCAUUUCUGGAUCCUUUGAUGUCCAAGACACUUUGCAGAGAAUGGGUGUGACUGAUGUCUUUAGCGACAAGAAUGCUGACCUGUCUGGAAUUACCGGUGAACCCGAUCUGAAAGUUUCCAAAGCCAUUCACAAGGCUGUCGUGGACAUUCAUGAGGGUGGCACUGAAGCCGCCGGAGUCACAGUUUUAGAGUUUUCACCACAGUUUGAACGUCUUGAUCCUAAUCCUAUCUUUAUGAUCAACAGACCCUACCUGUUUCUAAUUAUGGAAAAGAAAACACACAGUGCCCUCUUCUUAGGGAAAAUUGUGAACCCAACUGAAAAAUGAGUACGUGAUCAGAUCGAAAUUUCCCAUUGCAAUUUCCCCUGAUCUUUAAAACAUGGAUUUCCUCACUUUGUACUAGCCUAACCCCAGUAGUGUUAUCCAAUUUGCUGUGAAAUUAAAUAAGGCAAUGAGCACAAAUCACUGCUGGAAUAAAAUGAUUUGAAAAUAU